AUGGCACCCAAAACCAAACGCACAGAGGAAAGCGAGGCUGAGCCCACUGGACGAGCCAGUAAAGUGGCACGCACGUCAAAGAACGGUGCUGCAUCGAAGAACGGAACUAAGAAAGCCCCAGCUAAGGCUCCUCUUUCGACGGAGCAGUUUACCGCAAAAGCUUUGCCUUUACAUGUGAACCUCACGCAUACCCCACCGAGCAUCACCAAAGACGGUGAUAUUGACGCCGAAGGCCGCGAAGAGCAUCCUACUCCAGUGGAAGUCGCCACAGAUUCGACGUCUGGCGAUGUUGGAUUCAUCGGCAAUCUCACUCUCGUGCCAACAACGUUCAGCACAGGAAGCUACGGUUGGAAAGGUAGCAAGAAGAUUGUUGUCGAGUUGCAAAGCGGCGAUGUCGAUGCGGAAGGGGGGAGGGAAAAAGUACAAGUGAUGCUCUCGGUAAAUGCCACCGUUGUUGGAAGUAAGCCUUCCAAAGAUAAGAAAGAACAGAAAGGUGGCAAGGCCACUGCUGACGAGGUCGAGGAGGAAUCAAACUCCGCAGACCAAGAAGCAGAGGACACAGAGGCUUAA